GCGUUGGAGCUUCUGAGCGGAGCUUCCUGACCUCAAAUCUCAGAAGGUGCUCCAGGAAAACUUUAACACCAUGGUUCUGGGGGACAAGGAGUAAUAUUUAAGCCUGGACAACUUCUCGGGGUUCUUUUUUAUCGCAAUGGAGAGAGAGCAGGCUGAACGAUCUGGGAUCCGAACUUCAUCCAGUACUGAUUCCGACACCGAGACCGUGUCCGAGGCGGAUUUAUGCUGCAAUUCAGAAGAUCCCGAAUCCGACCCGGAGCAUGUGGAGCCGCGGCGUUGUGGAGCUUUACUGACAUUACACGAGCAAAAGGGGAAGCAGGAAUCCGAGAACGACAGCACAGAAGACAGAAUGAGGAAUAAAGAUAAAGAGCAUGAAGUCGACGAGGAGGAAGAUGAAAUGCUGGAUAACAUCCUGUCUCCACCCCCGCUGCCUUUCUGCAAGACGAGUAACCCCGAGAUGUGCACCAGCUCCAACACCAGCUCCAGCCUGCCCAUUAAAUUAACCCGCCAGCUGAGCGAAGACGGAAGGCAGCUCCGACGGGGGAGCCUGGGUGGAGCGCUGACAGGGAAGUACCUGUUGCCGUACAUAUCGGCUCAGCAGGCGUGGCCCACCUCGGGGACGGAGAGCUCCAACCUGGUGCGCAUGCGCUCCCAAAGUUUCGGCAAGUCGGCUCCAUCCCUCACCGCCAGUCUGGGUCACUAG